CGGUAAUGCACCGUGAAGUCAUUGCGGAGCGACCAGAAAAAGGCUAGAAUAGAAGCGUGUGUGUUCUGUGCAAGAACCUCCCGUCGUCCACAUUGUGGGGAUACAUGGUGGGCAGCACUCCGUGCAACUAACUUCUGGCGCCUAAUAUACUUUGUAACUAUACUUUCGACAAUUCAAUCGGACACUGAGACAUUGGGUAAAACACAAUGUCGGCGUCCACGGCGAAAGUGAGUAAGAAGGAGAACUCCAACCAUGAUGGAGAGAAGGAGACUUCUGAAAAAGAUCAACAGGAAGCCAUCGAACACAUUGAUGAAGUACAGAAUGAAAUUGAUAGACUAAAUGAGCAGGCCAGUGAAGAAAUUCUAAAAGUUGAGCAGAAGUACAACAAACUACGCCAGCCAUUCUAUCAGAAGAGAUCGGCGCUCAUUGCUAAAAUUCCUAACUUUUGGGUCACAACAUUUGUCCACCAUCCACAAGUUGCCGCUAUUCUGGGAGAGGAGGAUGAGGAAGCCCUUCAGUACUUGAAGAGGGUGGAGGUCGCAGAGUUUGAAGAUAUCAAGUCGGGAUACAGAAUUGAUUUUUAUUUUGGCGAGAAUCCUUACUUCGAGAACAAAGUCCUCUCCAAAGAGUUCCACCUGAACGAGACCGGAGAUCCCGUCUCCAAGUCGAGUGAAAUCAAAUGGAAACCUGGGGAGGACCUGACCAAACGCACAGUGCCUCAAAUCAAAGUAGGCAAGAAGAGGCGUUUUGAGGACACAGAGACAUUCUUCACAUGGUUCACGGACCAGACUGACUCUGGGGCCGAUGAGGUGGGAGAGGUCAUGAAGGACGACAUCUGGCCCAACCCCUUACAGUACUACCUGGUUCCUGACAUGGACGAGGAUGACGAUGAUGAUGAAGAUGGGGAAGAGGAUGAUGCCCUAGAAGAUAUUGAUGAGGAAGACGAAGAUGAUGAUGAUGACGAUGAUGAGGACGAAGAAGAUGGCGAGGAUAAUGGCAACUAAGCUUCAGAAGAAUAUGCCUACCACUCAUCGUUCUCGACCCUAGGAAGCAACUCGCUUUGUGUGUUUUUCAAGUUUCCCACUCCUUUUUUUUUUUUUUUUU